CACCGGACACAGUCACUACGCCUCACGGCGAUGGCGCAGCUCUCCUCCUGACGCGGACGUGGCCGCAGCGAUCGCCGGAGUGUAGGUUUGAGAGGCAGUUGCUAACCCAUCGCCAUGGAUUCCUUCACCUUCGAGGACGACAUCAGCAUUCUGACACAUGAGGCGCUGCGGGACGAUGGAGGCUGGGCAGACGAGCCCAACACAGAGCUGACGGGGGAGGAAUAUUCUGCCUCACACUUUGCUCUGGUCACCGCCUACAAUGACAUCAAACAGCGGCUGAUAGGCAUGGAGAGAGAGAACUACAGCCUCAAGAGGAAACUCCGACACUAUGACCUGAAGUUUUCUCUGUCGAACGAUUUUGGGGAGGAGCAGCCCCUGUCCCCGAGGCAGCUGGACAUCCUGGUGCUGAGGACAGAGAACGCACACCUGCGGGAACAGCUGGACGAGCUCCACAACCAGUUGGAAGACAGCAAAGAGCGCGAGGAUCAUCUGGACAAAGUGAUUCAAGCCUACGAGAAGAUCUGCUUCGAGAAAGAGGAUUUACAUCAACAGUUGGAGGAGAUGUCGGUGCUGGCUGAGAAACACCUGGGAACGAUCCGGAGCCUGGAGCAGGCACUCAAACAGAAAGACGUCUCGGUGCAGAGGCUAAACGGGCAACUGCAGGCCUCCGAGCCCGACCCCCGGUCCGAGCCGGUCCCCACACACGGGGUGGAGAGCUCGGGCCCCCAGCGCCUGGCAGACGUGCAGCUGACGGAGCGAGCAGUUCAGCGGCUACAGGACCGUGUGGAUGAGCUGCAGCGGCAGCUACACGACUCCCAGUGGCCGGAGGGUCACCUGCACCAGGAGUGCGACCACCUGCAGGAGCCCCGCGCACAGGAGCUGACCUGUGACCUUCACAACAUGGAGUGGCUAAAGAACACAGAAGAAGAGCAGGUGAGCCUGGCGCUGGCCUACACGGAGCUGAGCGAGGAGUUGGGGCGGUUGCAGAGCCUGACCGAGGCCCAGACUGAGAUCCUGAGCCGACUGUCUGAGGAACAGGCCCCGAACCACGGUGGUACCGAGCACCCAGUGUGCCGGAGGAGAGCCGAGUACGCCAGCUUUCCCCGGGACGCGGGACACCGGCUCCGCGCCAGCUUCCAGGGUCAACGCAGCUACUCGGAGAUUGGCGACUGCAGUGGGUACCACCGGGUCUCGGCGCUGGGCGACUCCGAUGCUCUGUACAGCGCGGCUCAGUACCUCAAGGUGCCGGGAGACGAGGACGGUGAGCGGGAAGAGGCUGGAACCCCGCAGACAGAGUACGAGAAGCACUCGUCCGAGGAGGAGGAGGAGGAGUGGAUGGCGCACAGCCCACCGGGCACGCUGAGCCGGGCAAUCAGGCCCACCGCCUCCUGCGUGGCUCUGCCCAUCCCACACCAUCCCCUGCACCGGAAUAACGUCUCGUAUUCUGGCUCCGAGCACGCUCAGUCCUGGCCCUCCAUUAAUCUCUGGAUGGAGACUGUUGACUCAGAGACACGCAGCUGUCCGCUCUGCCAACUGGCUUUCCCGCUCAGCUACCCCGACGACGCCCUCAUCAAACACAUCGAUACCCAUUUGGAGAACAGCAAAAUCUAGCCGGGUGGCAGCGAGGGAGGGGAGGGGGCGAGAGGAAGACAAUCGAAAAACAGAAGAAAGGGAAGAAGAACCAGAUGUGAUGUCUCAGCAGAGGACGGAGUUGUUGUGUGGCUUUCAGUGAACACGAGGGUCUAUGGGGCGGGCGGGCGGUCAGGAUUCACUAUUAAUGAGCAACGUCUCAGACACUGUAAACAAAAGCCCAGUGUCUGGCUCCCAAACCAGAGAACUGAGUGUGACUGUCUGGACUGUCUGGUAGGACCUGGAGUGGAGGGGGUGGGUGUAGGCAGGAGGAAGAGGGGAGAGGGGUUGGGUUGAAUAGUUGAAGAUUGGAAAUUUGAAGAGUCAACCAUAGAAACUUCGACACGGAAGGAGAAGGGAGGCCAUUCGGCUCAUCGUGUCUGUGCAGCUGCCCCA